UCGCCUGUGAGUGAGGAGGCAGCAGCUCAUCCUCCUGACGAUGAUUUUCCUCUUGCAGCAUCUCUUCUUGCUGGCCACAGACUUACUGCUCGCGACGACCCUUUCCUGCCUCUUCUAUGCCUUCGUGUGCAUUUCUAUCGCAUCUUUGGCCUGCUUCAUUAUCCUCUUCUCCUUUGGCAUUCUGGAGAGGAAUAUUGAUGUGAAAGGGAGAGCAAUUGUAAUUCUCGUGUCCAACAGCUCCAUUGGGAGGAUGUUUGCAAGGAACCUGGAUAAAGCAGGUUUCAGGGUGUCUGCUGCACACUGGCCUCCUCGAGAGGAGGGGACGGCUACGGAAGAAGAGUGCUCCUCAAGCAUGGAGGUAGCCCAGCUCCACAUGACUGAAGAUGAGUAUCAGAAGACAGUGAAAACCUUCAUAGAAAGCCACUUAUCCCUGAAAGGCAUGUAUGGGCUGAUGAAGAAGCCAUCGAUCCUGAUAUGGGAAGAAGAGGAACCAGACACACACAGCUUACCUGAGAGAAAAACCUCCUCUAAAUGGAAGAAGGUUUUCAAGGCUCCAGCCCUCUGUGCCACAGUCCUCUCCUGCCUACUGAACUGUGCCUUGACUUUCCUGAAGAGAAGCCUGCAGCUCCUUGUGCCCUCGCUGGAGUCCAAAAACUGAGAGGUGAGCCAGCAUGUUCACAGCUCAGUAACAUGCACCUCAGAACUAACCAGCAUCCACUGUAAUGACAGCUCUUACCCUUGCUGGGAUGAGGAAGGGUGACCCAGCCAGCAGGAAGAGGGCUGGGGAGGGCAGGGAAAGCAUCCUUGGAACUCCUUUAGCAUCCGGCACUCUGACACCUGAAGGACGCUGCCUUCCUGCACCAAUCCAGCCCCAUGGAGUCCAGCCUGGGGCACAGCCACAUGCAACCAGCUGCCUGAAGGGAAAAGUCACACCACAUUUGCCUUGUGUUGCCUUAACUGGUAAAUGCUGUCCUAUACUAUCCUAAACAGCUGUAAAACCACAGCUGUUAACACUGGUGCAUGUUCACAUAUGUAGAAAUCUCCCAUCAUACCAAAUGAUGCGACCCAAACGUGCAUUAAAUAACUAA